UAUGACCCUGCUACGAGGCAUCACCUAGUCAUUUGGAUCUACAUGUGCAAUGCACAUGAUGUGUACUGUCCAUUCGAGCAAAGCCCGUACAGGUGCAAGGCAUGGCCUAAAGUCAUUAUAAAGAAGCCACCCCAUACCAGUACCAGCUACAUUGUGAAUCUGAUCUAGGGAGAUUGGAGAGAGAGAGAGAGAGAGAGAGAGAGAGAGAGAGAGAGAGAGAGAGCUCGAUAGAGAGAAAACAGAGGAAGUGAGAGAGCCAGAGAGAGAGGGAGACAGACAGACAGACAGACAGAGAUAGAAAUAGAAUCAGAGAGCGAGGGGAGAGAGCGUUCGGAAAUCGUCCUUGCUACACCACGGCUAAAUUCACAAUGGGAUGUACAACGAUUGUUGCUAUUCUUCUCCUGACGCACUGGAAUUCAGUUACAGGUACUGGUGAUAGCUGCAUGGUGAGGAGAAUGCUGAAGGCUGGUAUUGCACAGAGCAAAGCACUGCAGUACGAGCAACGUGCUCUAUUGGCUACGAUGUCGGAGGAUGUGAUAAGUAGCGCUAACGUCGGUCUUCUGAAGUUCGUCUUGCAGUCUACGAGACCUGACGCUCAUGCAAUUCAAAAAUGUAUACUUCAACAGUCCGAUGUUUGCAAGACCUACUCACCCUGUCUCAAUGGUGGUCAGUGUCAGUUGUCGCUGUCCAAUACGUCAUACGUAUGCAAGUGUCAUCCUGACUUUACUGGGGACUAUUGUCAGACACCACAUCCUGCUCCGUUAGAUGAGUUCAGGAGUCUGCAGAAUGAAGUUAAAGAGCUACGAAAACAACUGGCAGACACUCAAAGCAGAACUCAGUAUGACGGCACUGGGUGUAACCGUAGAAGUGUGGGAUACAAGUAUCAGAGUCGUCAUUCCAUCGACGUUGGUGUGGCUGAAGGCCGUAUCGCAACGCUGUCGUUCAGAAAGAAGUAUGCCAACACUGUACUGAAGCUGUCCUACUCCGGUAACAUACGCAUAUACGUGGGCGGUGGACAGUCCCGUUGGUAUUUCAAGAUCGAUGGCAAAGAGUGCGCAAGACCCACCAGGAUUGAUAUAUCCAUGGCCCAAGUGAACAAUGAGAAUAAUCACAUUCCGGCUCUGCUCACUGGUGUUUGUGAAUCCACUAGCAGCGACGAAGCUAACAUCGCAGCUGGACUGCAUGAUAUUUCUGUUCAUGUUGGAGGUAUUGGAAGCGCUCCCAAAGGACAUGCUUACUCAGGCUGGGCUUCUACAUCUAUCCUGGAAAUUCAAGAAAUGUGCCCACAGUAUUAACAUUCAUGAAUAUUGUACAUGUACAUGUAGCUUGCAUGAAAAGCGUAGUGGUAAUGAGCAAUACAAAUUCAUUGGAAAAUCUGGCACUAAAUUUAUGCGCGAAGCUAGCAUAACGGAUUUGCAUUCGUUAGUUAUUGUGUCUCAGUAUGCCUUCUUAGGAUCUUCAAUACUAGACCGGUUUGUGGUAGAUACAUGUACAUGUAGUGAUGUACAUCUCCGACACAGCCAUAGAAAACUUCGAAGUACCUGUAUCAGAACGUAGUAGCAGUACGUGUAGAAAUAGGCUUCCAUUUUCGGUACACCGUAUUGAUCUUUGUUUUGUCUUGUUGGAUAUGGAGCAUUCACACACACAGCCUAGCCGGCCACGAGGACCUGCCGCUAUUUCGUUAUAACAACACCUUUAAUUUAUAAUCAUUGUCAUGCAUUUUUAAUAGUCCACCAAGUACUAUUGGUGCUUGCACUCCGUUUCCCACACGCGCACGCACACUUCCCCACACGCACACUAGCACACGCAUGCAUGUACAUGUACAUGUACACCCACCUCCAUACACACCUCUAUCCGGUUGUGCACUUUCAUUUCUCUCGGGGGGGUUUCUUUUCCUUGUUUUCACAACCAUCACAUGUAGCAGAGCUCAAAAGAGACAGAAGCGGAAAGGUACUUGGCUGCCCUGUACGCGAACUGUUCAGGUCGCCGAAUGUCUCAGUACUCCUUGUUGGUUUUGUGCCAUUUUGUCCCACUCGCUGACUGUAUAAGAUCUGGUUACGUUGGCGGACAGUUAGUCAUAACUCGCAACAUUUUGUCCUCCUUUUCUCACCAUGGUCUAUUAUUAUUAUUAAGUACAUGUAUAUGUAUUUGCAACAGUCAUAACCAAGAUACAUGUACAUGUACAUUGUACAUGUAUCUUGGUUAAUGUACAAAUGUACUGUGUUGUUUUAUUUUUGUUUUCCGCUGUAUUCAUCAGCUUACAAGUCCUCUUCUUUCCUCAAUGUUCACCCUCCAGUCGGCUGCUACUUGCACCAAGAGGCGCACUAGAGGGCAGUCAUUCUCUUCACUUUCUUUGCCCGCUGCUACCACUAGAUAUGGCAUGUUCUCUAUUUCUUUCCUUGGCGCUGAUAGGUGGAAUUCUCUGCCUGUCUCGUGUCGUCAGGUUGAGCAUCUAUCCGUUUUUGUUUCGCUCUGUAAAGAGCACUUAGGGUUCCCUGUAACAAGACGGCAACGUCUGUAGUGUAGGGCCUUCCCUAUCAAAAUAAUAAAUUCUACUACUACUACUACUACUACUACUACUACUACUACUAC